AGUCUUGUCAUCGCCGGGAACCACACCAGUCUCAAUGGCGAAAACUCUAACCCGCUCCACCGCCUCACGCGUCGCUAAGCGUUUCUUUUCCACCUCCAAUGCCGCCGCCUCUCCUUCUCAGAUCCCUUCUCAUCUCAUCUCUCGUCGAUCCUCACCGACGAUCUUCCACGCCAUUGGAUAUAUCCCAGUUUUGACCCGUUUCACGACGAUCCGGACCCGGAUGGAUAGGUCCGGUGGCUCAUAUUCGCCGCUUAAAUCUGGAUCGAACUUCAGCGAUCGACCACCCACUGAAAUGGCGCCGCUAUUUCCUGGUUGCGAUUACGAGCAUUGGCUUAUCGUCAUGGACAAGCCCGGCGGCGAAAAUGCGCAGAAACAGCAAAUGAUUGAUUGCUAUGUUCAAACCUUAGCUAAAAUUGUUGGCAGUGAGGAAGAAGCUAAAAAGAAGAUUUACAAUGUUUCAUGCGAGAGGUAUUUUGGGUUUGGCUGUGAGAUUGAUGAGGAGACAUCAAACAAACUCGAAGGACUUCCUGGUGUUCUAUUCGUGCUUCCGGACUCUUAUGUUGAUCCAGAGUUCAAAGAUUACGGAGCUGAGUUGUUUGUGAAUGGAGAAGUAGUUCCGCGUCCACCAGAAAGACAGAGGAGGAUGGUAGAGUUAACGACUCAAAGAGGAUCAGAUAAACCAAGGUACCAUGACCGAACCAGAAAUGUCCGACGGAGAGAGAACAUGCGUUGACUCUUAUUCUCAGACUCUACGCUAGAGCAGUACUUUCCCUUUGAACUCCGAUGCUUGUUUUUCUUUACUGUGCUAGACUCUUUACCGAAUAAUGUAUAUGAUGGUGUUUUGGUGAUAUCGAAUGUAUCAAUUGUUUCUGCAGCUAUUGUUAUUAUCCAAAUAAAUUUUAUUUUUACUA